GCACCUCCUAGCGCAUCCUACAGAUGUGAACAAACCAGAAGGAAGAUGGCAUAAAGGGAAAGGGUAGAAAAACAUCAAGAUCACCCUGGCAAUCUGUAGAGAUCUUCAGGAAUAAGUUAAUAUUCCAGGUCAAUACUGAUCAUCAGUAUCAAUAAAAAUCCACAGCCAUGAGUAUCAUACUGUCCCCCAUGAGGAGCCAACAGCUGGAUGCCACGGGAACCGACUCGUCUCCCAUGAUCACAAACAUGACCCCUUUAGAAGAACCAGAGGAUGAGAGAAGGAUAAAAGAAUUUGAUGCUAUCCAGCGCUAUGAGAAGCCUCCUCCACUUCACACUGGUGCAGACUGGAAAGUUGUCUUACAUCUGCCAGAAAUUGAAAACUGGCUUCGGAUGACGUCAGAGCGAGUUAGAGACCUCACCUAUUCUGUGCAGCAGGAUACUGAGAAUAAGCAUGUUGAUGUCCACCUGGUCCAGCUAAAGGAUAUUUGUGAAGAUAUUUCUGAUCAUGUGGAGCUCAUCCAUGCCCUGCUAGAGACGGAAAUUUCAUUGAAGCUUCUAUCUUACUCAGUCAAUAUUCUGGUGGACAUCCAUACAGUUCAACUUCUGUGGCAUCAGCUCCGUGUUUCAGUCCUUGUGCUCCGUGAGAGAAUCUUACAGGGUCUUCAGGAUUCGAACGGAAACUAUACAAGGCAGACUGACAUUCUUCAGGCUUUCAGUGAAGACAGAAAAGAGACCCGCCUGGACUCACUGACCGAGGUUGAUGAUGCAGGUCAGCUGACCAUUAAAUGUUCAAAGGACUAUUUUUCUUUGGAUUGUGGUAUCACUGCCUUUGAACUGUCCGACUACAGUCCAAGUGAAGACGUGCCCUGUGACUCAGAGGCCAAUAUGACCUCGUGUUCAACCUCCAAGGGUAAGUCAAAACCCUUUGGGCCUUGGAACUCUGAUCUCAAAAGAGGCUCUCCAGAGUUGGGUUUACUUUCUGUGCCAAAUGAACGUUCCACUUCCAAUCAAGAGGAAGUGAAGGCAAGAGAUGAACAUCAGUUGACCAUCACAGAUCACCAGACUCCUGCGCAGGACAAGAACGAUGCAGCAAACUCCAAAACAUCACCUGUAUCAAAAAAACAUCCAGCCUUGUCUCAGACUCCACCUGCAGAGUGUACUACAAUCCAAACUGGAAUUAAUAAGGACUCCAAGAUAAUUUCUGACAGUAAUAUCGAUGAUUUGGAGACCAAGAACAUUGUCCAAAUGCGUUCCACCAGUGCAAAUAGUAUCCACUGUGAAAACGCAACACCAAAAAGAACAAUUAAAGAUUGUUUCAAUUAUAAUGAGGAAUCUCCAACACAACCUUCCUUACCUAAGAGAGCUUUAUAUCUAGAUGAAAUUUCUAAAGAUGACUUGGAGGUUAGUUGUUGCAGAAUUUUAGCUUCUGAUCUCUUGCACAAAGCGGAAAUGAGCAGAAGUACACCUACUCUUCUUGAUCAUCCAGACAGGUCCAAGCUUUGGCUGGAUUUGCCUUCAUCCUAUCCAAGCACUUCCAAUGCUGCUGUCAGUCACUCAUUUGAUGAAUUAAACAAAACAGGCAGCACAGACAAUGGAUACCUGAGUACGCAUUCGCAAUGUAAUUUAAGGAAGACAACUUUAGGCCCAAAUAAAUUGCAUGCCCAGCAUCAAAGAAAGCCUUCACCAGUUAGUAAGUCAUGUGACCUUCAUGAUUUCAGACAAUCCAACAAUAUAUCUCUGAGAAGCCCCAAACAGCAGUCCAGCAAACCUUUAUCUCAAAAUAUCACUUCUCCUGUGCACAAACAACAGAAUGACAUUUCUGUUUCAUCCAAACAGACCUCCCCAAAUCAAAAGCAACCGGAAGCCACAUAUUCAAUAAGAAAUUUCCAGCCAUGUUGUGCUCCACAUACCAAAACUCCAGGUGGUGAAAAUAAUAAUAGUUCUGAACCCUUUAAUUCAGACACAUUGACUGAUAAGUACAAGGACAGAAAUGAAUCUGUUCCUGUGUCCUCUGGGUAUCAGAAUCAGGAGAUUGGUAACAAAUAUCAAAAUAAGUCACCCGUCAGACAAAGUUUGUAUGAAGCAGUACCUGCACAGUUCCCUCUUCAAACUUCAGAUAAUUUGCUCAGGGCAGAUUCUGCUUCUUGUAGCCCCACUCUAUCUUUGCUACAACAGGAAACACAGACAGAGAACAGCUCAAACCAAAGUCAAAUGGCUGAAAAUGAUAAAGUUGACACUUGGUUUGGAUCAAAUGAGUAUCUGGCUCUUCCAUCCCAUCUGAAGGAAACUGAAGUGUUGGCUUUAAAGCUGGAGAACUUGACAAAGCUGUUGUCACAUUCACCUGAAGGUGAAGCACUUCAGAACAUUGAUGAUUGGGAGCUUUCAGAAGCAAAUUCAGUGACUGAGGUAAAUCCACCUAUUUCCACUGGGAGAGAGAACAAAAAAUGGGUCCCUGUAACUGGAACUAUUUCUCCAACUUCCUCAAGUGAUAUAGCUCCUUCCUUGGAGGACAGCAUUGAAUCAGGUCCACUUAGUGACAUCCUGUCAGAUGAUGAGUCAUCUGUAGCAGAAACAAGGGCUAAACAUCACACGAUACGCCAGCUCUCACAACAUUGGUUAACAAAGAUGCCAAAAAAUGCCUUGAAUGUUGCUUCUUCUAAAACAAGUCUAGUUCAACAGCUACAGGAAGAUAUUCAGCAGAAACAGAAUAACAGCAUUGUGUGGGAAAAAAUUGAGGGCUUUGUAAAUAAACUCGAUGAAUUGAUUUGUUGGUUGUUUGAAGCCAUGGAAACAACAGAAAACUGGACACCUCCAAAAGCUGAUACAAACAGCCUGAAACUUUACCUGGAGACCCAUCUGAGUUUUAAACUUAAUGUAGACAGUCACUGUGCACUUAAAGAUGCCGUGGUGGAAGAGGGACAGCAGCUUCUGGAGCUCAUUGAAUCUCACAAAUCAGGAUUGAAAGACAUGCUGCAGAUUAUUGCAAGUCAAUGGCAGGAACUACAGAGACAAAUCAAACGCCAGCACAGUUGGAUUCUUCGAGCCCUGGACAUAAUCAAAGCAGAGAUAUUGGCAACUGAUGUGACUGCACAUGGUUUAGAAGGUUCUGUGAGCCCCAAGGGAGAGAUACAGCUUAUCAACUUGGAAACCAGAAGAGAUGCUGUGGAGCAGAUGUCACUGAAGCUUUAUAGUGAACAGUAUACAAGCAGCAACAAACGGAAACAAGAAUUUGCUGCAAUGUCAAAAGUCAAUCGGGUAGAUACUUACAGCCUUUUGGACUUUGAAUCAGAAUACCAAGAGCUCUGGGAUUGGCUGAUUGACAUGGAAUCCAUAGUGAUGGACAGCCAUGACCUGAUGAUGUCAGAAGAGCAGCAGCAGCAUCUUUACAAGGGAUACAGCACAGAAAUGUCAAUGUGGCUUCCAAAGAAAAUACAUUUAUUAAAGAAGGUUGAAUCGCUGAGACAAUCUGGUAGCUCAUUACCCUGUGAUAUCUUUGAAAAAGUAGAGGGAAUUAAAGACAAAUGGAAUCUGUUAGAGAGAACACUUGGAGAGAAGACUCAGGAUGCAGCAUUGGGGCCAACUGGGGCAGGAACAUGCAAUCUCCUGUCACCUGAAAGCAGCAGCCUCGUGAGGCAGCUGGAGGUCAGGAUCAAAGAACUGAAAGGCUGGAUGCGAGAUACAGAGCUUUUCAUCUUUAACUCCUGCCUUCUGCAAGAAAAAGAAGGAACAGCAGAGACUCAGAAAAAACUUCAGCAUUUUAAGUCACUAUGCUCUGAAAUUAAACAACGCCGGCGUGGCAUAAUUUCUGUACUGCACUUAUGCCAACGUCUCCUCGAUGACACAGAUGCUAAUUGUUUGGAAGCUGAUCGUCAGUCAAUGCAACUUGUUAUUGUGAACCUGGAGAGAAGGUGGGAAGCCAUAAUAAUGCAAACUGUCCAGUGGCAGAACAGACUGCAAAAACAACUAGGAAAAGAAAAGGUCUCCUUAAGCUGUAUUGAACCUGGCCUGAUGGAUUUAAAUAUCUCAGGUGAAGAUUCACUGGAAUGGGAUGAAACAGACAUGAGUAACAAUUUGAUUGGUAUCCAAGAUGAAACACUUGAUCUUGCAUGUGAGCAGGAUGGAACAUCAAAAUGUUCGCCUGGGCCUAUGAAUAAUCUCAUGAAUGAACUUAUGCUGGACCAUUACAGCAGUGGCCCUGGAGAAUCACUGUACAGUCCUGGUGAACCACCUUCUUCUUCUUGUCCAUAUACCCAUCAGCAUCAUAGCCUACAUAAUCUACAGCUGCUUGGAAGAGAUUUUUCAUCAUUCUUCAGUAAUGCACCAAAUUUUUCCAACACAAAGCUUCCAACCAAUUUACGAAGGAGUGCAAGUAAAGAUUCUUCUUUCUCAUCUGAUGACUCUUUUCCAGACUUACUGGGUGAUUUGAUUCCAGUAAAAGAGGACAAACCAUCAGCACUGAGGCCUGAGAGUGAGAGUGGAAUAGUUAGUGAGGGUGAUACAGAAACAACUUCUCUGUCAAAUCAAGAUGAUCAAGUACAAACUAAACUUUCUACCAAACCUCUGCACCCCCUGAUAGAAUUGAAACAUAAAGAUUGUCCAAUUCAAUCGUGCAUUUGUAAAAGGCAAGACUUAUUUGGAAAAAAGGAAAUAAAGAAUAUAGCAAAAAUACAAAGAACAAAAAGUGAAGUAGAAUUGUCAAAAGAUUUUCAAUCACUGUCUCUGAGUAAUGAGGGCAAUUUACAGCCAUUUCAUAUGAAUAAAAUCAGUUCGAAGGAUUUUUCAAAUGAUCUGGAGGCACAAUAUGAUGUGUUCACAUUUUAUGACUAUUCUUACCUGCAGGGCCCUGAGCUUGAGUUAAGCGUAACUCACUCGCCUAAAGGAAAGGAAACUACUGAUGGGAAUGUGAGCCCGAAACCAGAUUAUGCUGAAAUUAUUUGUAAAAAUGGACUCUCAUCUCCAGAUGGCAAACUAGAUUGUGCUAUGUCAGAUGAAUGUCUGCCAGCAUCAUCAAGUAGAGUUAACCUUGGAAAUGGUCAUAGUGAAAUAGAUGAUAAUGGAAUAUCUCCAGAUAUUAUAAAUGACACAGAUCUCACACUUUUGUCUCAGAGGUCAUCUGUGGAGUCACUUUCAAUUGCAGGUGACAUAUUUAGGCAUGGAACUAACAAUCACAGAAAUGGUGAUCUCCAUCGCAGUACUUCCUUAGACAGCUGGGGUAAUCCAUGCAAAAUCACAGAGGAGCUACUUAGCCUUCAAGGUUCAGGGGACAUCAGUAUGAGUAGUGAUGCAGUGGGGGAGCUAAGUAAGAGAACAUUAGACCUUUUGAAACGUUUAGAAAACAUCCAGAAUCCAAUUAGCCCAAAAAUGAAACGUAGUGUGUCUGAUAUCACACUGCAGAGUAACUCUCUUAAAAUGUCAUUCACUGGCCAGCAAUCAUUUGAUGCCACGUCAUCAGCAAAUGAAGAUUCUGCUGCUUCUCUCACAGAACUAAGCAGCAGUGAUGAUCUCUCCUUGUGCUCUGAAGACAUAAUUGUGCAUAAAAACAGAAUUUUGGAUUCCAAUGCAUCAUUCAAAAAACGUGUUAAUCACUCAGUGACUGAUGAAGCUGAUACCAAUAUAAGCAUGAUUGUAAAUGUGUCUUGUACUUCUGCUUGCACGGAUGAAGAAGACGAUAGUGAUUUGCUUUCCAGUUCAACCCUUACGCUAACUGAAGAGGAACUGUGCAUUAAAGAUGAUGAUGAUUCCAGUAUUGCUACAGAUGAUGAUGUUAAUGAAGAAAGUAAUCGUCUUUUAGAUAGAGACUACAUGAAGAACGAAUUCCAUCACUGGAUUAAACCAAUCUUUUCUGUCCCCCCGAAAGGAAAGAAAAAACUGAAUCCAAAAUUGAAUCCAAGAGAAAAGGACCGGUGCAGGACAGAUCCAAAUAGUAUCAGAUUGCCUGCUUUCAAAAAUACUUCCACACUUUAUCCAUUUUUAAACAGUUCAGUGUUGAAGCAGUCUGAGUCCAAAGACUGUAAAAGCAAUUCUCUCCAUCCAAAAGAAAGACAUUUCAUGCAGACUGGAACGGAAACUCUCAGACACUGUACUAACCAUUUAAAAGAUGAUGUAGAAAAUGGCAAUGUGGAAAAAUCUGUAUUAAAAGAUGAAAAGGAACUAAAUAGCGUGUUAGACAGCAAAAAACAUAAUUCUUUUGAAAAGGGGCAAAAUACUAGCAAAACCCAUACGACAGAAUGUUUGAAAUCUAAAUUAUUUAAUAGACCAUUUGAACAAAAAACAGAAUCACAACACAUUCCAGUUCCCCAGGCCCUGACACAACCCCAACAAGAUAAAAAGCUUAUAUAUUUGGAAGACCAUGGGAUUGCAAACAAACAUUUAUUAUCACCUACUUUUAACAUUGAUGAGAAGCCUAUUUGCAUGAAAAGAUAUGAAAAGUUUCAUGAUGUUGAAAUAUUAGGUGGGGAAAAAGCUUCCACGAGUGAAUAUGAGAGAAACCAGCAACAUCAUUCCAGAGCAGAAUUGAUGUUUAACUGCCAUGGUGAUGAAGAUACUACUAGUAAAGAUUCAGUUGUAUGCUCAUCUCAUCAUAUUUCAGAAAACAAAGUGUUGGAGGAAGUUAACAAGGAUUGUUCAAAAGAUUUUUCAAACUGUACCUGCCAGUUUAAUAUUCCUCAAAGUGAGGCAGAAGAAGAUAGUUCUGUUCAUAAUUUUGUGAAGGAAAUAAUUGAUAUGGCAUCUUCAGCCUUGAAGAAUAUAUCUCAGAAUGACUCUGAAAUGGUGAGUCCAACAUCAGUGGCCCAGAUCAAGGAAAAAGUGUUGGAACAUUCUCACCGAGCUUUGCAGCUUCGGAAAGGAGACUUUUACUCCUACCUGUCCAUAUCUUCACAUGACAGUGACUGUGGUGAGGUAAACACUUGCAUAGAUGAGAAAAGCAGCACACCACUGCCUUUAGAUGUAAAUGAAGAGGCUAGAUUAGAAAACAAUGGUGAAGAUGAUAACUUUCUUAAUGAAGAUUUUAAAGAACAAUCCAAUAGAUCCUGUUUAUUUGAUUCUGUUUUACAAAGGGACCCUGUUCCAGAUGAAUUACCAUUGCCAAAUGAUGGACUAGACAUUGUGGUGUCAAACACUAUUCACGUGACACCAGUUGACCAAAAUACAUGUAGUGGAAAUUUAAGUGCAACAAACAAAGUUACUAAGAAUCAAGAUACAUGUUUUGUUCCCAUUAAUCAGACAAGUAUCACAUUAGAAGACAACACAUUUCAAUCAGUGGAAUGUGAUGUUGAAAAUCCUUACCUUAAUUCUUUGCUGCCUAUAGCACAAAGAGACACAACUAAAUAUUCAUCAGAUAAUGUGUCCUUUUCUGUUGUGUCAAAUGUUGAAAUGGUUGAGCCCAUUGAAUCACCAUUAAACAGCGAGAAUUAUGAAAAUAUUUCAGGAAAUCAAUCCCAUGGUAUGGAAAUGAAUCCAGUGAAGGACAUACAGUCAAAUAACAUUAAUUUUGAGAAACCAAAAGACAAUUUGUCUCCUAGCACUAAAACAAAUUUUUCACAAAAUGAACAUUCUGCUAAUGAAGAUUAUCAAGGUGCAGAUUUCAAAGUCAGAGAAAUCCUUUACAAGAAAGAAAAUCAUUGUGAUGGAAUCUUUAACUUGUCUCAAAAAGAGAUCACUAACUCACAAAAAAGUGUAGGAAGGAAUCUCAGGAAAGAUCAAAACUCUAGAACCAUUGAAACCAAAUCUACAGCUUGUGUAUCCCACCACAGUGAACUUCCAAGUGACUCUCACGCUGCCAAGUCUGUACCCAAGGUAUAGGAUAGGUCAGUAGCAACAAAGCAAGAUCAAAAGCAAAGGUAACUAGCUAGAUCGAGAUAUUUCUGCCUAAUUUAGAAGGUGAAUAAAUGCAUGUCUGGAGUGCCUCCUAGAAGCUGUACAAGGGAUGCGCAUUACGUUAAUCUCUUCAACUGUAUUCUGAGAGUCAUUUCUUCAUAAUCCUCAUCACAAGCUCCUGCUCUUUGCUGCAUGGUUUAAUUAUUCCCAGACUGAGUCUUCACUGUGAAAAUCGAACCCUAUGGCUGGCCAGAUGUUAUUGCUUUCAUGCUGUUAGAUAUAGGAAAAACCUGAAGUUUAAAAUAUGUAAAGCAGAAUAGACAUAGAAUGAAUUAGGUUUAAGACUAUCUAUAGUGAAUAUUUUUAACUGUGCCAUCUUCAUCUUUUUGCAUUACGGAUAGCCAUGACUUCAGGUUUUUAUAUUCAUGUGAAGCCCAACAAUUGCUGCUUUAUGUAUCCAUUAUCACUGGGCUUUGCUUCAAUCAAUGUUGUUUGCAUAUUGACACAUGUACCUGAGGGUGUUGUCUGCAUAUUUAAGAUCACAGAUGAGGAUGAAGCAAGAAAAGAAAGGUCACACACGAUAGUUUACCUCCUUUAGUGAAGCUGUUAUAAAAAAUUUAUAAAAGCUCAACAAUGAUUUAAUGCCAUUGUAAUUUAUUUUACUGUACUACUGUUAUAGUAAUUAAAUUUUUGGUGGCUGACAAAAAAUCUUUCAUACUUUCAAUAUUUUUAUUUGAUAUUGAUGUUCAGAAACAGCUCAGUAGUCUGUCCAAUUAAAAUUACAGUUCAAAUUAAUAAUGUUACAUUUUUAUUAAGUAGAUGUAAUAUUGUCUAUUUAGAAUGUUGACCGAAGGAAGCAUUUUCUACUGUUUUGUUGCUGACUAAACGUAUAUUUGCCUCUUUUUCCCUCCAGAAAUCUGGCCAUAUCUUUGCUCCAUUUUUGCCCAACUAUUCCCAAGGUAGCAUCUAAUCUAAUUGAACCAUCCUCUUCCUCACUGAUCUUGAAGACAAGCUCCUUCCAAAUGCGAGUUUUUCAUGCAGGUGUGGUAAUCUGGUUGCUUUUGCUGAUCCUUUGUAUGGCAGUUGCAGUUACUCCCUUGUUGGUAAUACCAACAGAUUGCAGCAAAAUCCGGCAUUUUUGUUCUUCAUGGACUCUUGUCCUAAGCUACCUCCAAGGACCUCCUCCGUUCUGAUAUACAGCUUGUAAAUGUCCUCAUUCUCUUGGUGUAGGUACUUUUUGAUAUUGAACGGGAAACCACAGCAUUUGGAAAGGUACGGGGGUAUAAUAUUGUGUCAAUUCUUGUCAUGCCCUUUCACAUAUUAACCUACAGGAGUAACGUUUGGAUUUUAGGGGAGAAUGUAUCCAUAUCAUCUGUUGGGAGCAAACACCUUCACAGAAAAGUGGGCCUUGUUAUGUUAAAUGUGCUAAUUCCAAGAGAAACCAUGAAUAUUAUUUGAACUUAAUAGAUGGGAAGGAGCAUAAUAUUUAUAACAGGAAUUAGUUUGAACUUCAUGUUGAAUCUCAAUUAUCAUAUCUUGAUUUUUUUUCUGUAAUUAAUAUUAAGCCAAUAUAAAUAUAGAAUACAUAGAUCCAAUCUAUGCAACCCUGGAACUUAUAAAACAAUGUUACUGUGCUGUAUAUUGCAAUUAUAUGUAUUUCAUUUCAAUACACAGUCAAGUUUUAUUAUUUCUGCUUCUUAAGAAAAGGAAGAGAAGAAAUGUUUUAACAAUGUGUGCCUUGCUGUAUUUCUUAUACCUUUUGUUAAAAAAGCUGCUUUUCCCAGUUAAAAAGCUGGCUUAAAGAAAUGUGGUAGCAAGGUUAUGCUGUGUGUAUAAUUUCUGUACAUAUGUACAAGAAAAUGCUAAUGUUCAUGUACAAUGAUAUACAAUGCUUUCUUGUAUUGUGUUAAUGCGUCCAGUGAUGUGGAAAAUAUUAAGCCUUAAGCUGUUAGAUUGCAUGGGUUAAAGUUAAAGUUGGCAAAUAAAAAUUAAUUUAUCAGACAACAAAAUGGACUGAGUUAUUGGUUUUCAGAGGCAAAUUUUCCUGCAUAGUUUAAAAUAUAAUAUUGCAGUUUAUAGUAAAAAUCUUGUGCAGAAACACAAAAAUUAAAAAUCAUGAAACAACUAAGAUUGAUAUGACAUCACCUGCCAAAUUCUCAUAAAGCUGAAAAGCCAUUUGAUUCAACAAUGAUGUGACAUCCACAAUGUGCCGUAAUGUUCUUGGGCUUUACAUAUCAGCAAGGAUCAGUGUUAACAUUGGAAUUAGAGCAAGAAAUUUUAACUCAUUCAAUCCAUUGGGUAUGACAUGGGGGCAUUUAAACUUACUAUCAAAAGGUUUCUCAUACCAUUCUCGACUAGGUCCAUUUUAGAUUAGCAGGAUCUGUCUGGUUGACUCAGAAGGAUUCUCAAUGAGCUAUCUUCUUCUUGGGCAUUCCCUUUGGAUUGAGGAUAACUUACUUUCACUCUGGUUUUGUGGGGUCCGAGGCCAGUAUAGGAACUGUAGAUUCUUCCUCAGAUGGGGUAGGUGGGUGGGUAGAUUCUGCCACUCAUUCAGGGCCUAUAUGUGCUCCCAAUGCAUAGCUUGAUGUUCUCAAUACCAUCCUGAAUGCUUCUUCUCCACUUGGAACAGUAAUGGGUCAGAGAUUCCCAUUAGUCAGUGGGGAUAUUACAUUUCUUCAAGGAAGAGAACAGUUAGUAUUUUAAUAGUCUACUCAAUAGAGAAGUAGGAAGAAGCUCUCAAAAGCAAAUCAAAAGCAUCCCUCUGGGGAGCCAAGAUAGAAAGGUAUACUCAGCCUGCAGGUUAUCGCAUACCUAGCAAUAUUAAUUGCUGAAAGUUGACUAUCUGUCACUCUUGAAUGAUUUCAUGUGGACUGCUGAAUAGAUAAAGAUGAACUGAUUAUCAUUAAUUAUUUCAUUUUGGUUAGGGUUUGGCUUUCUGUGGAAAUUAGCAUAUGAUGAAGAUUUUUGUAAUAUUUUGAAAUUAAAGUAGUAAAUUCUUAAUUCAAUUGAAAAUUAAUUACAUGUUAUUUCAUAAUGGCUUUGACUUGGAACAGGAAUGCUGAACCAACAAGUUGUUAUUAAAAAAAUUAUCCCUCUGCAAAAUAUAUUGUAUUUUACACUGCACCCACAGAAUGCACUGAGAAUGCAAAAAAAAUUGAGUCAAAAGACAUUGUACAUUCCAAGAAAUGCCCCAUGUGACAUGCCCAUUAAGUAAAAUACUAAUUUGUGAAACAGCUCUGAAAAUAUCAUAUGAAAAGAAAUGCGUAUUACAUUAGUGCCUGAGAAUAUUCUAUAUUUAAUAUAGAAGCUUUUGUGAACAAUCUUAAAGCUGUGAGCUGCAUUAUAAGCCAUGAAAUGUGAAAAAAUAAAGGA